AUGGUGGAGAAUAUAGCAAAACGUAAGGUAACAGCGAUGCUGCAUUAUAUGCCAGAGAUUAUUUGGCAUGAUCGAGAGUCCUUACUUUCUGUGGAUUUUCAAGCACAACACGAUGAAAUCGAUUUCUAUAAGUUGGUAACAUGUAGCUUACAAAAAGAGGUGCGAAUUUGGAAGAUGGAUUUUCGGAUGUUACCAUUUGGAAUUGAAGAUCUUGGAGUAUAUUUCAUUGCAAAUUUAGUUGGUCAUCGUACAACCGUUAAUGUCGCACGUUUUUCACCAAAUGGACAAUUUCUUGUGAGUGGAGAUUGCGAUGGUUGUAUAAUCAUUUGGAAAUUCGACAUGAACAGUUCAAAUGUAACAUUGCCACGAGAUGAUGACUUUCCUCCAAAUGUUGAAAAUUGGAUCAGAUACAAAACUCCAUUAAGUCACGAUGGCGAUAUCUGUUCUUUGUGUUGGAGUCCGGAUAGCAAGCGUUUUGCUAUUGUAUCCAAUGACGAAUCUUUCGCAAUAUAUGACGCAGAUACAGGUAGACGCUUAUGGCAGAUGAGGUCAUACCGACGUUUCCCGAAUGGUGUUGCAUGGGAUCCACGUGGAAAGUAUAUCGUUACAAUGUCCACUGAUAGAAAAUUGGAUAUUUUGUGUGGGAAGAAAGGAACUCGUUUAGUAUGCAUUCAAAAUGUUCGCUUACCGGAAACAACUUUGCGCAAGUCAAAUUUGGCAGCUGGUAAAUAUAAGUUAUUUCACGAUGAUCAGUUGAUGUCCUUUUCUAGAAUUCCAGAUUUCUCACCUGAUGGUGAAUUAUUGAUUGCACCAAGUGGUAUUUUGGAAACCGAUUCUUCGAAUAUUUUCGGGACCUAUAUUUUUCGUCGUUGCGAUUUUCCAAAAGGUCGUCCAGCUGCAUUUAUUCCUUCUACAAGAGCUACUUUUCGUGUAUCUUGUUGCCCUGUUUUGUACAAACUUCAUAAGAAAAUUACCCGUAACCCUCUAAAGCUUCCAUAUCGCAUUGUUUGGGCUGCGUUGACUAAGAAUACUGUGUUUAUUUUCGAUAGCCAGGUCUGCAGAUGUAUUGCUUGUGCUACCAAUCUUCAGUAUGAUACUCUCACAGAUAUGACAUGGAGUCCCGAUGGACGGGUUUUGAUGAUUUGUUCUUUGGAGGGUUAUAUUAGUUUCAUCAGAUUUGGUGAAAUAGCAUUAGGUGAAAAGUACACUGAAAAAAUACCUCGACUUCCGCCAUCGCCGAUAUUUGAUCGAGGCACAAAAGGACGUAAGUGCGGAAAUUCUUUGAUUCAAUUGGAUGAAAAAGGAAAAAAAGAAAGCUCACCACCUAAUUCACUUUUGAAAUUUUUUAAAAGAAUUGCCGCGUCUCAAACAGGAAAGGAGGAAGAUCAAGCGAAGGCAAGCAAAGCAUGUAGUGGUGUAUCGAAGCUAGAGAACAGAAAAGAAAAUGAUAGUGCGAGCUGCAGCAGUAAGCCUAGAACAAUUGUGAAACGUUCUGGUACAUUUGAAAACAGUAAAAAAGAAUCUGAUGUUAUAAUUGGGAACAAGAAACGGGCAAAGUUAACCACGUCACCGUUGUAG